AGUAUCUCAAGGCCAAGCAGAGGUACAGGAAGAUAAAAAGCCAGCUUUCCCAGGCCCUGGCGAACAACACCUUGUGCAGCAUCCCUGUCUGGUCUCUCCUGUCUCCUCCUCCUCCUCCAGCCAGAGCGCACUUCGUCCACCGUCACCGCCGAGCCUCACAUCCAUCCAUCCAUAGAUCCACCGAGCGACGUCUGCCAUGUCGUUUGCCUUCGUUGUCAUGAUGGCACUCCUGUGCUCCUCUGUGGCGAUUGCGUUCAUCUUACAGCCGCCCAAAGAAGACGAUGCAGCGCCACGAGACUCCAACAGCAGGUGCCAUGGAGAGUCCCUGCUGUCCAUUAGGAAGGAACUCCUCACCGCCCUCAACCUGCAGGUGGAGCCGAGGCUGCCAGAGGGCGCCAUUGAGCAGUGGAGCAGCAUUGCUGAAAGAAUGAAGGCCUGGCCAGUUUCCUCCAGCGACUCUGUGUCUGCUGAUGAUGGGAGCAUCUCUGGGUGCUGCACUGUGACAUCUGAGGUUCUAAUGAGAGAUCUGGGCUGGGACACGUGGAUGAUCUUCCCUGACCGUGUCACGGUGAUGCAGUGUGCACCCUGCAGUCCCCACACGCCCUGUCACCCACCCCAGCCCGACGCCCAGGGUGCUGACUUGCAGAUCCCGCCGUCAUGUUGUCAGCCCACCUCCUACGAAGAUGUCCCAGUCUGCUACAGGGACGAGUUGGACACCGUGGUCAUCACCUCCAUGCAUCUGCCCCGUCGCUGUGGCUGCUCAUCCGCCGCCGCCGCCGGCCCCCCGCAGCUUCAUGAGGUGUAGCGUUCCUUUUAAACAUACACGGAACACACACACACACACGUACAUACACAGACUAACAUCAGCGUAUGUGUAGGCCUGCUCUCUCCACAUAACAUGCUGCUCCUUUUUUAGUUUGAAUGUAGUUAUCUUAGCCUACUGGGAGCCUUCAGCACGGAGCGUGGGAACCUCUGCCGGCUUUCCUCAAAGUUUGCAUUCCUGUUUGGGAGCUCUAGUCACACACGAUGAUACCAAGCACCAUAACAGCAGGGGGGUUACAUACUAUCACCACCUUUUUUGUUCAGUUCAAGUUGCAGUGAGCACACACACACACAUAUUUUUUAAAUACUUUUGCCGGGAAUGAAUAUGUAAAGUGACACAAGUUAUUAACCCCGCUUGUUUUGUCCCUGUAAAAAUCUAUUUGAAGUUGCUGAUGGGUACUGAGUGUUCCCUCCAAAAAUGUCCAGAGCUCUCUUCCAGGCCCGUUUGCCCCCUCUUGUAGUAUUUCCUCUUAUGGAAAAGUUUGAUCUCAACAAAACCACUCAGACGUCAGGUCAAAUGCAAAACCUAAUCAUUGUUUUUAUUGACAUAUUCCAUUUCACUCUGGCCAUACGUUAUACAGUAGUAGUAGUAUUUACCAGUUGUUGUAUUUAUCAUUUUAACACCACCUUUUAACGAUUAUAUACCCAUGGCACCUCGACUUAAUCUGGUAUUUUAUUGUUACUGAGUUAAUGACUGCUCGCUGCUCUCUCUACUUUUUUGAAAAUAAAAGCUGAGAAUAUCAA